AUGGAUCCCUAUGUAUCCAGGACUCUCCAGUCACUCACCAGCAGCAAGAUCCAUGAAUUGGAAAAGCACCGUACCACCUACGAGGCUCGCAAGGCAGAGACAUUGGCAACUGCGUCUAAAUGUCAAACACUCCGAGAACGGGUUGCACAGCUUCUCGUGGGAACGAAGAAGCUCUCCCAGGGCGCGGAGUCCGACAAUGAAAUUGCCAAUAUUGAACAUUGGGUAGAUCAAGCUCGAUUUGACUCAACAAUUCCAUCGGAAAAGCUGGAAGGGUUCGAGACACAUCUGCGUGAUAGGUUGGAUGCGUACAGUCGCAAGUUGAAUCUGGCGGAUUUGUAUUCGCGUCUUCUCACCGAGUGGAUGAACCCUCCUUCAAAGAAUGAGGAUGCAACAAAUCAUCCUAGUGAAGAUGAAGACUUCGAGAUUGUCGACGAGCUGCAAAAGGAGAGACUGAAGCAGCUAUGCGAUCAGUUUGAGGUUAUGGUUUUCAAUCCCUGUGAAACAAGCCCAGACGAAAUAACUGCGUUUCUACAAGGUCUCUUUGCCGGAGAGAUUGGUCUGAAAUCUUUGGAAAGUCUUCGAUCCAAACUCAGCGCUGAAUCGCAAUCAAUCUGGGAUCAAAAGGACCCUUUCACGGUUGAAUCGCUGUCCCGAUGCAUCCGGGGCAUUCGAACUGAGGAGAUCGUCAGCGAGCAGAAGCAGCAGACACUGAAGCAUUUCUUGGACAAUAAAGUUGUUUUGAAUGAAAUUGCCGAUGUACUCAACAUGCGAUACGCCGACCUUCGGAACUGGGACUGGCAUGCCGAUAGUGAAGGUGUUCCUGUGCUUCCACGUCAGCAGCUUAACGGCAAAUACCGAAUUUGGAUGGAUGAUGACGUUUUAGAAACAAUCUUCGUCGAACACAUUUGCAUGCGACUUUGCAAGAUGCUUAAGGAUAUUUUGAAGAUGUUCAUCGAGGAAGAGCAAGCGGUGUGGGACGUUCCUACGAAGCCAAGAAUGACUCGUCGCGACCGGCUACGUCGAAGAUAUUAUUGUGGCGAGCAGUGGGAUGGCGGUCUGGAGGCCUGUCGAAAAGCUGAAUUUCAGAAGGAUUUCUUCCUUACGGCACUUCCAGACGACGAAAGGUGCGGUUGGAAUUACGAGGAAGAUGGGGAUGAACACGUUAUGGAGCAAGAAAGAAAGAGUGUCAAGCAAAUGUUGCUGAGAAAAGUCGUUACCGAAACCCUUUUGGCACGUCAUCUUCAUGGCGAGGCUGUCGUCAUUCAGUCAGAUUUACAGUGGUACGCAACCUCGAUCCCACACAGUACGGUCUAUACUGCCCUCAAAUUCAUCGGAUUCUCCGAGGAUUGGGUCGAGUUCUUCCGAAAAUAUCUCGAAACUCCGUUGAACAUGGAUAAAUCCUUCGAGGGACAUGACCGGGUCGGGCCUCGCAAACGUAGAAGGGGAAUUCCCAUUGCACAUGCCUCUGAGAAGAUUAUUGGCGAGUUGAUCCUCUUCUACAUGGAUCUUGCUGUAAGACGCGAGACUGGGGUUCUUCUAUAUCGUCUUCAUGAUGAUAUCUGGCUCUUCGGAGAACCCCAGAGGUGUGCGCAAUCAUGGGAGGUGAUGCAGAGGUUUGCAAAUAUCACCGGCCUCGCGUUAAACAAAAGCAAGACGGGAUCAGUGUAUUUGAGUAAUCAGAUCGAUCCUUCAAUUGCCUCGCGAUUGCCUCCCAACUCGGUGAAAAUUGGCUUCUUGAUGUUGGACCCUUCUUCGGGCGACUGGGUUAUCGACUAUUCACAGGUUGAGACUCACAUUAAUCAACUCAAGACACAAUUGGACCAGUGCAACAGCUUGCUUUCAUGGAUACGAACAUGGAACAGCUGCAUUGGCAGAUUCUUCAAGAACACCUUUGGUGAGCCCGCAUACUGCUUUGGGCGGCCACACAUCGAUGCCAUCCUUACCUCAUAUGAGAAAAUGCACAAAGCCAUAUUUGGGAUCAAGGAUAAUUGUGGAGGCACUUUGACUGGAUACCUCAAAAAUGAGAUUAAUCAUCGCUUUGGCGUGUCUGAUAUUCCGGACGCUUUUUUCUUCCUUCCUGAAAAACUGGGAGGGCUGGGUGUGAGAAACCCAUUUGUCUCGAUUUUCCCGCUCCGCCAGCACUUGCAGAACUCACCCAAGGACCUAGUGGGAAUUUUUCUCAAGUCAGAGCUUGCUGAAUACGAUACGGCAAAAAAGAAAUUUGAGAAGAAGACUCCGAGCCAGCGGAUGAGACUUUUGGAAAGGCUGAGACUUGAAACCUCGUCCGAAGAGGAAGUUGCCUCAUCGCGUGAGAUGCAUACAUUCAUGACCUUUACCGAAUGGACUCGAUUCCGCGAUGAAACGAGUUCCAGUCUGACUGCCUUGUACCAGCAGUUCAUGGAUACUCCUGGCCAAAGAUCACCUGGGACCACAGAGAAAGUUGAAGCGGCGUUGCGAAAAGCCCAGGAAGAAUUUGGCCUCCAAUGUAUUGAUGCCGAAGGCAAGUGGAUCUUGUACAUGUAUGCAGAAGAUCUUCUGACCAAGUUUGGCGGUUUAAACCUGGUGGACAAACAGUACUUGCCCACAGGAGUUUUGGACAUGGUCAAAGAAAAGAAAGUUAGGUGGCAGAUGGUUUUAUAA